AUGCCUCUCUUCGGCCACAAAAACGCUGCUCCUGUUGAGCCAACACCCACAGCACGAGGACACCCUCGCCGGAGAAGUUCAUCGCUCUCGUCCUCAAACCUAGAGGGCGCUCGCAAAUCAGGAUUCUUCGGUCGCAAACGGUCCACUUCCUCGGAGCGUCUCCGCCAUAGCAAUACCACCCGCCACCCCACGGGCAAACUCUCUCACAACUCAACCCGAGCCUCUGGCGGCGGUCUCUUCAACCGUCAUUCAGAAGACCCGUCUAUUGCCCAUGCACGCGAACGUGUCAUGUCGGCUGAAAACGCCGAGAGGGAGGCAGAUCGUGCACUUGUCCAGGCACGAGCUGCUGUAAAGGAGGCACGCGAGCAUAUCAAAAUCCUCGAGAAAGAGGCUGCUGAAGAGGCUCGACUAGCAAAGAUCAAGCAACAUCAUGCUCGUGAUAUCUCGAAGAGAGCGAAGCCUCUUGGACGUGAGUACCUUCCUGGAUCUUCCUAG